CGGAAAGUCUCGUCACGUGACUCGCGAGAUAUAACGUGAAAACUUACUUCCGGGCAGUUGCCAAGGAUGGCUUUAUCAAUAAUGUACUGGGCUCGGUACGUUGAAAGCCACACAAAACUUACCAGGAAAAGUGAGAAAGCUGUGGAUAGCGACAGGGUUUUAAAAUUUGUGUUAGAUAAAGAGUUUCGCGUUAUUACUGCGGUUGUGCAAGCGUCAAUGCGAGACACAUCUUACAAAGUUCAGAUAUUUCUGGAAAAUGAAGAAAACAGUACUGGUACUAUAAAGUCAUCGACGUGUGAAUGUCCAAUGGGCCAGUUUCGCUGCCACCAUGUAGCUGCAGCUCUUCUGUUUGGAUAUAAGAGGGCAAGCAAGACAGAUGUGAAGUGCAGCUGGAUCAAGCAUCCUAAAUCUGCUCCUCCUAAAGCCAUAACAACAAUGGGGGAAAUGUAUCCACCCAGGCAAGAUUAUAGGGAGAAACUUGUCAUUUGUUCAGAAAAGAUUAUUGAAACAGCAUGGCUGACUACAGGACAAAGAGAGAACUCUUUAUGGGCAGCUGUUCGCAAAUUGAGAAUUACUGCAUCUAAUUUUGGACAAGUUAUUGGUGCUAUUAGAAGAAAUCGGCUCUCAGUAUCAUUAAAGAAAAGAUUACUCAGUGCAUAUAAUCUUGAGAAAAGAGCUUCUAUUCAGUGGGGACUUACACAUGAAAAGAGUGCAAAAGAUGACUAUUGUAAACUUUCAGAGGUCUCGAUAUUAGAGACAGGCAUAUGGCUUCAUGAAUCAGGUGUUCUUGGUGCCUCUCCUGAUGGAUUUGUCCAAGGUGAUCCCAAACAUUUGAAGAUUCACCUUCAAGGAAAAGUGAGUGCAUCACCAGAUAUUAUAGAGGUUAAAUGUCCUUUCUCUGCAAGAGCAAUGUCUAUCAAGGAUGCCUGUACAAAUUUGAAAGAUUUCUUUCUAGAGUGUGAUUCUGAGGGUGUCCUGCAUCUUAGAGAGAAUCAUGAUUAUUGGCACCAAGUUCAAGGCCAGCUUUAUCUUACAGGCACCACUUGUUGUGAUUUCGUAGUUUGGACACCAGUAAGCAUGGAAGUCAUUCGCAUCCUUCGAGACGAAUUAUGGGAAAUUCACUUGAAAAACAUGAUUGAAUUCUACUUUAAUGUGUUUCUACCCUCUCUCCAGUAAAAUUUUAACUGACUUUAUAUUGUACAUGAGCAUACAUGUAUAUUGGUGCACUCAAAAUUUAGCUCAAUCCUCUUCUUCAGUAUGAUAAGCACAAUCAUAAUCUCAGUGCGAUUAGCAUUUUGUUUGACAAGUAGUGCUUGCUAAUAGCAUGUCCAUAAAUAAGUGAACAUGAAGCAAUACCUAAGACAUUAAAUUAUGAAUACCACCAAAGUAAGUAACUAUGUUUACUGUAAACAGAUCUCUUACAUUGCCUUCUUCCCUUAGUGCAGUAAAUAAAAAGAGA